AAUUAAUGUGUUGCUGCUGUGGGAAGGAUGGUAUAUGUAAAUGUUGCUGCCGGUGCUGCGGUAGAUGCUGCAGCAAUAUUGGUAAAUGCUGCGGUAAAUGCUGCAGCAACUGCGGUAAAUGCUUCAGCAACUGCGGUAAAUGCUGCGGUAAAUGCUUCUGUUUCUGUUGCGGCGAAGAAUAUCCGGGGAAUGGUGAAAGUCGGAAUCUCUUUAACCAUCUCUGCCGGGUAAUCUCCUGCGGCCUAAACAUCUUCGGCCGCAUUGUUUGGGUGGCGGAGCACCUCUGUUGCUGUUGUCCAUGUGCCAAAGGGGUGACUUCAAUUGGGAAACCCAGCUUGGAAAUGGCGAAGAAAGUUCAGUCAACCGUGAAGCCCAAAUAGUAUUGGUUCUCAAGUAGCUGCAAUCAAGUGGCGUGUGUGUUCUUCAGCUGAUGAAGUGAAUUGUUCAAAACAACUUAUAUAUUAACCUUGUCACCGGUGCAGUUGCUGGUCACCGCCACCCGCGGAAGAAGAAGUUUUUAUAUAUAAAGAGCGCCGGUCUUGAUGGCGCUUUUUAUAACAUUGUUUUUUGUUGCUUUUUGGUAUGUUUAAAUCCAAGUGAUCGUAUGUUCAACAUGUUAGUUUAUAUAUAGGGCAUGUCACAUGGUCGCAUCUCAGUCCGAU